UUACAGUAGUAGUAUCAGUAUAUAUGCAGUUCAACUCCACUCCUCACUCUAAACUUCCCGCCACUGUUGCCCCAAUUAGCUCCGCAAAAUUGCGUCUCUGCUUGUUACCAGCUAUGGAAGAGAAAGGUUCAGCUGCUAGUAGAGUAUUUCUUCAGGAAAAGGAAGAUUCGAACCAGAGUUUUUCCGAAGAGGAAGAUAUGGACGAUGACGAAUGGAUGACAAAUGACAAUUGUUCCUUAGAAAACAAGGGAGGUUUAGGAGUCCUUUCCCAGCUUGAACGGCUCACAGAUGUCAAAAGACUUCAUCAUUCAACCGAUACAGUGAACUCUGAUCAGCUGGUACAGCAGAGGCGGACAGGUUUAUGCGAAGAAGAUGACGUUGAAGUUCCUUUGUUUAAGAGUCAGGAUGGUAGCCUGAUCAACAAAAAUGAUCAGGAUGGUAGCUUCAUCAACAAAAAUGAUCAUUGGAAGGCGUUGUCCUGCUCCUUAGAUGAUGAAUUUUGUCACGUCACUAGAAUUACAUCCACUUGUAAUUCAGAAGAGGAAAUUAUGUCUGAUGAUGAGAUGAGGCCUUCUACUGAUGGAAAAUUCAAAAGAGAUGGUAAAAGUACAAUGCUUAAAGUAAGCGCAGAUUGCAAAUCAGGAGCUUUCUUCAAUAAAGAUGCUGGGUGUUCAUCGGUAUACGGGGCCUCAUCAAAAUUGAACAGAUCAUCUAAAGGAAGCCCGGGCAAAUCUAAGGCCAAAUUUUUGUUCCAAUCCCGGCCACAGAAGAAAGACUAUGCUUUGGUUGUCCAUGAUAGUUGUGAAACCUGCAUGCCCUUAUCUGUGCUUCCACUAAAUGCAGAAUUAGACAUGCAAAGAAAAAAUAUAGAGUCACUGGAUGACUUAUUGGAGAAUUAUGGUGGAAAUGAAGUACAACAGUUCGAGGAGAAUUUGGUCUCAUCUGAAGUAGCAGUUGUACAUGAUCCAAAUGAGCAUUCCAUGGCUGAGGUUCUGGAUCACUUUCAGCAUACAAGUUCCUCACGAGGCAAUCCUAAAAUGCUGCAAACAAAAAUACCUGGAUCACGGUUCUUACGGAAGAGAAACUUAUUGCUGCUUGGUGACAGAAACAUGAGCAAUGGCGAACAACCUGAGGAACUAGAUAGUGAUCCAUCUAGUGAUGAGGAUGUAAAUGAAGUUCCCCAGAUUCUGAAGUCUGCUAUACCUCAGAGGACCAUGGCUGACCAAUUUCAUCUAGCGUUAGGAGCUGUAUCCACAAAUGAGAGGCUAUGUAUUGCAAGGCCUAAGCAAUUUGGUUUAUCUGGAAGGUUGCAGCACGUGAUGCAAUGUGAAAAGGACAGAGAUACAUAUUUUUUGGAGAAGUCACAAACACAUGCUGCUUCAAGUGGUGCAGAAAGCUUCAUUGAUGUGAGAAUUUUGUCAAGUUCUUUGGAGGCCAAGCUGACUGUUUGUUUUUGUGCUUUACAUGGAGAUGAAGAGGGUUCUGAGUGCCUGAGCAAUCCUCGAGAAAGGAAGGGUACUGGUAGAAGGGAGUUUACUAUCAUUUUUAACUCAAGAAUUUGUAAAGAUGUCGAACUUGAAAUAGGGAAUGUUAUCCGCAUACAUCAACCUUGGAAGGAGGUACAUGUGAACGAGAAAGACGAGGCCAUCAUUUUGUGUGCAUAUUUCUCUCAGAUUUAGUCUUUGGAUCACAUUUUAUACCAAGUCCAUGGUAUCCCCUUGUCAACUGCAACCAUGAGAGUUAUUUCUUGCCUUAUUGAGAAGGAUUUGGAUUUUGAGUUUGUCUUUGUUGAUAUGGCCAAA